CCAAAGACUCUUGAAAAUGGAGAAAUGCACAUUGCUGACAUGGCACACGACACGUCCAAUCCCAACCCUGGGGACCUGAUUGAGAUCAAACGGCAAGGUUACCAGCACUGGGCCCUYUAUGUGGGGGAUGGAUAUGUCAUCCAUGUGACAGCUGCAGGUUUACUGUGUGUCUUCCAGCUGUGGGCUUUUCUAUGUGGAAAAAUGCACAUUCCUGAAAUACCACAUGAGAAGUGCCACCCCAGCCCUGGGGACCUGAUGGAGAUCAAAUGGCAAGGUUUCCAGCACUGGGCCCUCUAUGUGGGGGAUGGAUAUGUCAUCCAUGUGACAGCUGCAGAUGGAAAGGGUCCACCGAAAUCAGACACCACUGGGAUAAUAUUCACCAGAAAGGCAAAGGUGAAGGUGAGGAAGAAUGUCCUGAGGGAGUUGGCUGGAGAUGAUGACUGGUAUGUCAACAACAAGCAUGACUGGUACUGCACUCCCCUCCCCGUGGAGGAGAUCAUCGAGCGUGCUGAGAGCUGGAUUGACAAGGUGAUGCCAUAUGAUGAACUUGGCAGCAACUUUGAGCGCUUUAUGACAAAGCUCCGCUAUGGUGAUGCAAUCUCUUCCAAGGUGAGUGCCCCGGGCUGAGCCCCUGUGUGCCUCCCAGGGCACCUCCUGGCUGCUCGCUGCUCGCCGCGGGGCUGGGACACAGCCUGCACCCUGCAUGGGGACAGCCAAGGGCCAGGCGUGGGCUCCAGAGCAGCACUGCCUCUGGGCUGCCCACAGCCCCUGCACCUGGAGGGUCACUGUGCUCUGUCUGCACCCCAACA